GAAAUGGCCUGUGAGGGAUGUGCUAAUGCCGCUAAAAGGGUUUUAGAACAACUGGGAUGUGACGUUUCUUCUGUAAUUACUGAUGUGUCAACUAAUACUGUGACAGUUUCUACCACUCUACCCGAAGAAACAAUUUUAAAUCAACUCAAAAAGACAUCGAAACCUGUGAAAGCUAUUCACUGA